AACCAGCAAGAGAGUGCUGAAGAAAACCAGGAAAACCAGCAAGAGAGUGCUGAAACAAACGAGGAAAACCAGCAAGAGAGUGCUGAAAUAAACGAAGAAAACCAGCAAGAGAGUGCUGAAACAAACGAGGAAAACCUCAAAGUCAUCGAUGAGGAGAUAGCAGAGGAAUCAGGCACCAACACCUGCCAGCCUGAAAUCUCCAAAAUCUCUGAGGAGCAAGUGGGCGACAACAACAACCAGGCAUAUCAACAUCUACUUGCAACUAAAUACCCGAAGCCACGGAGUUAUGUACAAGUCCUGGAGCCCAUCGGAGAGGACAGCUACGGUGUCAUUUAUAAUGGAUGGCACCGUAAAGAACAAAAGGAGGUGGCAGUUACCAUCAUGAAAGAUGAAGAGAAGCAGAAAGAAGUCCUCAAUGAACUGAAGGUUCUAGAAACCAUUUCUGGCCAUGGAAACAUCAUUGGCUAUAACGGGGCAUAUUUCCAACCUGCCUCUGUAAAAAUGCCAGAAUAUGAGGGACUGUGGAUUUCAAUGGAGCGUUACAGUGGAACAUCAGUAAAACAGCUCUUUAACAGCAACAUAUCCCACUCCUUGAAAGAGGGCUGGAUUGCUUACACCUGCAAGGAGGUAUUAAAGGGCCUGUGCCACCUUGAUAAGCACAAGGUGAUUCAUCAUGACUUAAGGCCAAACAACAUCAUGAUAACAUCUGAUGCAGAAGUGAAGAUCAGUGAUGUCAGCUAUGCCACCAUUGGUGAAAGCAGUAAUAGUACUGCAGGUGCUCUUCCAUACAUGGCACCAGAAGUACUGGCCAACACUAACUAUAAGGUCAUAGAAUACACCUCUAAGGCUGAUGUAUGGUCACUGGGAAUCUCCGCCCUUGAAAUGGCAGAAGGAUACUACCCAUUCAGCAGAUUUCCCAGCCAUGCACGCAUCAAAAGAAUAAUGCAUGGUCCCGCUCCAGUAUUGCUAUGGGACUCAUGGAGUGACAACUUCCAUGAUUUUAUAAAGAAAUGCCUCCAGAAAAAUCCGGAUUGGAGGCCAUCUGCAGAGCAGCUACUGUCACACCCCUUCGUUCGCAACAUCUGGAAUGAAAGGGGUGUGAAAAGUAAUAUCAAGUGGCACCUGCAGAGAGAAAUGAAGCACUGAAGUAAGAAAACAUCAUGGCAGCCAUCGGGGGAGGGACGGGGGCACAUGUACAGGGGCCCUAUGUCAUCUUUGGGCCCCGCAGAAAAACUUGGUCCCGAUGGCAGCUAGAAGAUUGACAACAGCGAUUCACAAGAUUUACAUCAAUAUUAUAUUUUAAAUAAUAAACAUAUUAAAAAUACAUUGGCCCCUAUUGUAUGUUUUUUAAUUGGGAGACAUUGUUAAUAACCUCCAAGCCCACUCAUAUCCAUCUUCCUUUUAAUAUUAGUUUUAAUGACCUGGACAAAAUCCCAUAAACAGUCUUAUGUGCUUGUUUUAUCCAUCCUGGUCCUGCUGGUAAUUCCUGUGUUCUAUUAAUGGGUUCCAUCAAUAUCUUUUCUUGCAGCAAGUGAGAUGGCUAGUGCCAUUUUUAACAUGGUGCAGUGUGCCAGGGUAAAUGUCUGCAAUAUUGU